GUUUGAUUAAGUCCAUGAAUUCGAUCUAGCACAAGAUUAUACUAUAAAGUGGUAUUGAAUCAAGUAGAUCAUCAAGCCAACUCAAUCAUUUUGGCCAAUUAAAAAAAGUCAUCAUGUAUGUAACAAGGCUUCUGUCUAUGUAUAGAAGGUCUCCUGCGUCACUAUCUGUACCAACGCCGGAAGGGCCAAAUUCCGGCUAUCUUGUACUCCACGAUGAAGAGGCCGAUGAGACCACAUGUUUCGGAUGCUGUGAAGAUACUUCUGUGAAAGACUUGCCUUUCCCUCAGAACAAGGAUCUCUCAGUUGAAUAUGACUCAGAUAAUGAUGAUGCUGCCUUCAUUCCAGUUCUUGAUAAGCCUUUAUCUGCUAAUACAUAUUAUGUGAUACGCCGGCACGGUAAACGCAAAGGGGAAGUGUACACAAAUUCAAAAGAAGAGGACAUGACAGAUUGCUGCUUUGGUAAAUCUGUUCAAGAUGUAAAACCAAAGCCACUGGAUCCAUCAGACAUAUACCAACAAAUUGAGAUAGUUCCGAGGAGGCAACGCGGUUACUAUACUGCCAAGGCUGUUGCUUCAGAUGGCGUUCCUCCUUAUUUUCUGAGGAGAAAGGGUUGGUCAGUGACCAUGUCCACGCCCCAUCAUUACCAACUAGGUGAAGCUCCAGGACUCAACGCUUCUAAGCGAUCAGGCCUUCCUGGUUUCGACUUUCCAUUGUCGAAAGAUUGUUCCGAGGCUAUGCUAGUUGGUAAGUGGCAGUGUCCUUUUUUGUUUAUCAAGGAAGGUGGACUGAAGUUGAAGCACCAGAUGAAGCAAUGCAUGUUCUAUGAAAUGAGACUGGAGCAAAGAUGGGAGAGAAUUUUCGACAAGUAUUAUGAAGGAAAUAGCAGGAAUGCUAAUGCUGUGUUUGUGGAUGCAUUUGUCCAAAGAGAGGCGGUGUAUAUUGGUGGAAGAGAAGCUUUUUCUGAUAAUCUUGACAGACCUAAUAUCGCCGAUGAUGGUUUCAUGUGGUUCAAGAGUUCUGAUGGUGUGGGAGGAGAAAGGAGUGUAGGGUUGAGCAUGAAAAUUGUGGAGAGAAUGAAAUGGGAGCAAGAAAGAGUUGGUUGGGUUGCUGGGGAGGAAAGAAAAGUGCGAGUGAAGAGAAAUGAAGAGUUUGGAGGAACUGGAGGUUGGAACAGAUUUGCUUGUUAUGUGCUGGUGGAGAGGUUUGCGUUGAAGAGAAUGGACGGAAGCUUAGCACUAUUGGCAUACGAUUUCAAGCACAAUCACCAGAUUAGGUGCAAAUGGGAAUGAAAAACUUGCAGUGUCUAUUAGAAACAAGUCAUGUAUAUUAGUAUAUAGAUUGUGAAACAGUCUGGUGGGAUGUUCCUCCGAUGUUUAUUUCAUCACAUUGUACCAGUGACCAAUUGGGUUUUUCUCAAUUUCGGUUUCGUUAGUUUGUUGGCAUUAUAUGAAGGUUUUGAUUUGGUCCU